AUGUUCCCACCCGCCGCUGACGCCUCUCCGUCGAAUCAACCUGUGGAUGGGCGCCAGUUUAGCAUCCUUACACUCAACGUCUGGGGCCUCAACUACAUCUCGAAGCUCCGCAUACCUCGCAUCAAAGCUAUAGCUGCCCAUCUAGCCGCCGCUUCCACACCACAUUACGAUUUUGUCUGCCUUCAAGAGAUCUGGUACGAGUCCAAAGACUGGCGCUUCCUCAAGCACGCCCUCGCCGCGCGUUACCCCCAUUCCAAGUUCUUUUACUCGGGUGCAUUUGGAUCAGGCCUCGCCAUUCUCUCCCGCUGGAACAUCCUCGAAACGAGGACACAUCCGUACUCACUCAACGGUCAGCCCAUCCACGUGCAGCACGGAGACUGGUUCGUCGGCAAGGCGUGUGGCUCGGUUACCGUCGACCACCCCGGGCUGGGACUUGUAGAUGUUUGGAAUACGCACUUUGUUGCAGCGGGAGGGGAGGAUGGCCCGGAGUACAAGCGAUCCCAUCGCAUCACCCAGGCAUAUGAGCUCGCGACCAACUGCAGGAACAGUGCCUCUCGAGGAAGGCACGUGGUUUGUGUGGGAGAUCUCAACUCUACACCGCCAUCCAUUGCGAUUGGGCUGUUGAAACACAUCGGCGGGCUAUACGAUAGCUUCCUGGACUCACAUCCCCAGCUACCGGAACAAGCUACAUCGUUGGACCCUCAGGAACCUCUGCCUGGGGUUGGCAACCGGGGCGUCCGUUCGUCUUCCUCGCAUCGUCCAGAUCCACACCGGGCCAUCCAGGAGCUUGGCGUCACUUGCGAUUCUCCCCUGAACACCUGGACAGCCGGGAAGAAGCUCGACGAGCGAGCAACGCGGGGUGCGGGCAAAAGACUCGACUACAUCCUCUUUCGUGGCCCCGUCGACCAAUCCUCCUCUACGAAUGAGUCUGUAGAUUCCACCGUCUCCGCAACAGCACCCUUAGCUUACUCGGCAUCGUUGUCUUCGCGUGGCCGCCUCGCAUGCAAAUCCUCAUCAGUCGUCUUCACCGAUAUCGUGGCAGGCCACCAGUGCUCCUUUUCGGACCAUUUCGGUGUCGAAUCCGUAUUCGACAUCCUCGACCCCACCACCACCGCCACCACCUCUCCCUCGACACUGACCACCGACUCGCACACCCUUAGAAACGCCCAACAUCGAGUACUCACAUCGUCGCUCCACGCUCUCGCCGGAGGCUUUGCCGCCAGCCGCUCGACCCAGAUGAGCCACUUUUAUGUCUUUGGCGCCGCGCUCCUGCUUGCGCUCGGCCUGCUCGUAGCGAGCAUCUUCCAGCCUCUGGGUGGCGUGAAUCCGGUGUUUGUGCUCCUGGCUGUCGUGGCGGGCUGGGCGGGGACGACGAUGCUGUACAGCGCCGUGGUGUGGGGCGAAUGGGAGAAGCGAACACUUCGAACGGUGAUGGAGAUGAUCGAACUGGAACUCAACUACCUCCGACCGGCUCAAAGCGGUCAUGCCGCCAACAACUCGACACAAGCAGACGCAGUUCGAGAAGGCACCCUCUUCUAA